AUGUUCCAAAAUCUACUUGGUCAUCUGCCACAUGCGGCUCGGAGGUCUGGGCAUAUGCAGGGGCCGUGGUGUGCUAGGGAUGCUCGGGGUGGACGGGCUCGGAGGUCGACGCACCAAAAUUCGGGAUUGGAAUGCCGGACCGCGCGAGGGACUGCAGAAUCACCGACAUCUGACCCUCAAGCUCGGUAA